ACAGCAAAGUUUCUGCUGGUUGUUUCAUCCUCUUGUACUGGUGAUGGGUCUGCAGUACACCAAUGUAUUUCUAGAGUAAAAUAUCUUUAACUUUUUUGCAAUCAACUCCUCUGCAAUGCUGUUCUCUAUUUCAAUUUAACUUAAAAACCAAGGAGCAAAAUAAGCAGGCGUGCCAUCAGAGGGGUAUUGAUGGAGGACUGAAGACUAUGAUGCUCUCUUGGCAAUUUUUACUAUAAAGCCUUCUGAUUCACUGGAUCAGACUAUAUUUUUGUAUUUCCUAUUCACUCUGGGAAAGUGAAGGGAACGGAGGAAGCUUUGACUUACAUAGUGGCUUCACUCAAGUAUAAACACAGUGCUUACAAGACUGCUUUCUAACCAUGCACCUGGAGGUGAAGGUAGCCAUUAACUUCAUUGUGUCCUACCUGUACAACAAGCUUCCCAGACGCCGUGCAGAUUUAUUUGGCGAGGAGCUCGAACAAAUCCUUUUGUUGCGCUUCGAUGGCCAUUGGUACUCUGACUCACCUUUGCGUGGAUCCGCCUAUCGAUGUCUGCAUCUGGGCUUCAUCAGGGACCCUGUUGUGGAGCUGGCAGCCAAGAGGAGUGGGUUGGACACUGAGGAGGUCCGUACGAACGUCCCUGAGGAGUUGACCAUCUGGAUUGACCCCCAUGAGGUAUCCUACCGAAUCGGGGAGGGCAGUGCUUUGAAGGUACUGUACCUGGACGAUCCACUCGGUUUAGGGAGUGAGGGUGAAAUGGCCGAGGCCAUCCUGGGCCAAGGAGACCUCGAGGCGGACGAGGUGAAAAGCCUGGGGUUCAACCCCGAGGCCCAGGUGUUUGUGCCGAUUGGUGGCCAGAUGUCACCGAUUCUUCUGCCCUCUCUGUCCAGCUCACCCACCCCCAUGUCUACCUCAUCCUGCCAAGGCUUGUAUUGCUACUCGGCAUCUAGCACCCCGACCAACCCCACCGCUCACUCCUCAAACACCUCCACUCCAUCUCCACCAAGUGGUGGACUCCCCUACCUGCAGGCGCAGCAGCAGCAGCAGCAGCAACAGCAGCACACUCCGCUCCCGCCAAACACUCGGCCGCCUCCGCAGCCCAUCACCUUCACCACAGCCACUUUUGCCGCCACAAAGUUCGGCUCCACCAAGAUGAAGAAAUCCAGUAACGCCGGAUCCACUGUGGUGCCCGGCAUGGGCAUGUCUCAGCAGCAGCAGUCGCAGCAGCCCCAGCCCCAGAUGCUCAGUCGCUCCCCCACCACCAUCUCUCCUCCUGGGCUGCUGAAGCACAAGUCCCUCUCCCUCUCUCUGCACUCGUUGGGAGGGGGGCCCAUGUCCAGCCAGCUCUCCCCUAAUGCCAAAGAGUUUGUUUAUCCGUCCACCCAGGGCCACCUCUACUUCGACGUGGACACCCCGACCUUACCGCCUCACACCAGCCCCUUCCAGGCCACUUCUGCUCACACUCACCCCCACACCCACCCGUCCUUCGACCCCUUCUCCAGCCCUCCUCCAGGUCAAGCUGUGGGCAUCAUCAAUGCUAACACAGGAAUCUCGUUUGUGGAGAAACCCACGUUUGUUGAUGGUCUGAGUGGGUAUAACCUGCAGUAUCCAAACCAAGCCUUCCAACCUGUGGUUCUGGCCAAUUAACCUAGUCUUUUGAUGAUCCAAAAUAUCAACAUAAAGGUAGUAGUGGUCUUGAGGACCUUUUCCCUCCCCUCAAAGAGUUGUUGUUACUAACACUUAGCUAAGAGCUUAGAGCUAGUAUUAAGAGUAUGCGAAGACUUUGUGUCAUAUCACUCAUUACUUUCAGUUGUUUUAUUAUGGCAGAGGAGUAACAAGCCUCUUGUCAAAACCAUUGUCUUUUGAGUUUAACGUUGACCAUUUUGACACCUUUAGGGUGGCCCCCUUUUCUUUUUACGUGGACGUACAAACCCCAACACCAGUGUCAGGGUGAUCAUUCUCAAGCUUGCACUGCACCCUCCUGCUGUGAAAAAAGGAGCAGAUGUGGAAGGCUUUGGAAAGCUAGGCUGUCUGUCAGCAUUCCGUGUUAGUCAGACCUGAGUAAUGAUUCUCACUGAGCACAUCAC